UGUUAUGCUGAUCACUCUUUAUAACAUUCUGGAGUAUAUGCAAAUUGCCGUUAUAAAAACUGAAGCAGUAGACUUUGUAAAUAUUAACAUUUGAAUCAUUCUCAAAACAUUUGGCCAUGACUGUAGAUUCACCUAUAAUGCAGUGAAUCUUGGGAGAGGAACUGGGAGAGUGAAUGUUGCUUUUAUUUUGUUGAAUGUAUCAGUGACGUAGGAAGUUAUACAUCGAGACCGAAAGUCUAGACUUGGUUUUUAGGAACUGUCGAAUAAAAAUGUGAUAAAUAUUACAAACAGACAAAUGCUAGGAAUGUAUCAAGAAAUAUUAUAUAUUGUAAUUGGACAUAUUCUUCAAUGUAAAUCUUAAAUCAGCUAAUGUUUAAUUCAAAUUUGUUCAUGCUGAAGAAAGGAAUUUACAAGAUGUUUUUCUAUCAAAAUGCAUUAAGCAAGUGUUAAAUAUUAACAUUUCAGCUCUUCAACUUCUUCUUGGAUCCUGUGAACUCAAAAUGUUGGUAUAGUUGGAUCUUUAUUCCUUCAUUUUCCUCCCGCUGUUAGGACUUCAGAUGAAAUGAUGAACAUAUCCAGUCUCCUCUGCAGCCGUGUUGUUUCCACUGUGUGGCGUCCCAUGUGAAACACUGCUAACAUCCAUUUACUGCCAAAAUAUCUGCACUGCCGCUACGCACCAUUCAGGGUCGGGACUAAACUUUUAAAAGGUUGCUAGUAUUCUUGUUGUUCCAUUAUGCUGCCAAUAUUGUAUAUAGUAACACUGUGUGGCCUAGCAACACCCACAAAAUCAAGAUAAUGGUUUUAUUUCUUUUUUUAAGGCGAGUAUAUAUUACAAUGUUUUAAAAAAGGUUUGUUUUCCAAAGGGAGCAUUACUGUGAUUUAAAAAAGAUAACAAACCAAAGUUUGCAUCUUUUUCCCCGAUUCACCAUUUUAAUAUAGAUAAGUCCAAAAAGAUUAUAACCAAGAGUUAUAGAAAAGCCCUAAAUACGUUUGUUAAUAUAUUGUUUAGAAUUUUUUUUUGUGUUUCAUUCAUGCUUGACCUAAACUGUGUCAUUUUGUCGUACGUUUGUUUUGUACCGCAGGUUGUUGAAUCUUUUCUGCUGUUUGGAAGGAGGGUCAUUUGAAAUGCAAAUAGUUUUUAAAACCCACACAGUGACAGUUUGUUUUUAUACUGAUGGUUGUUACACUUUGGGUCUGUAAGAAACCUAACCCUGGGUAUUUAUUUUUCCUCCUUGUGUUUGUGUUUUAAACCAUUCUUCUUGCUUGGAAACAGAAUUAUAUAUAAAAUCUGCCAUUUUGUAUCUUGUUUGUUUCUUUUAUCUUUAUGAAUUUAAACCUUUUUGAUCAUCUGGGUGUUGAUAGAAAGAUUUCAAGUUGUCAGACAGAGUUGCUUUCUUUCCGACAAUAACCACUCUGUUCAGCUAACACGUUUUAAUACAUUUCUACAACCUUUAUCUGGAAAACGUUCUCCUUUCUGACCACAGUUAUGCUUUGCAAAAACAUUUUACUUCUGGUUAUGUUACUGUUGCAUCUCCUGGUUGAUUAUGAGGUACAGUCUAAAUAAUUUUGGGGAUAAUAGGUGACGCAUUCAAGGAAGUUCCUGUGGGAUCAUUUAUAUGACGGGUAAAGUCCACACCGGGAGAAAACAGGGAAGUCCUUCAUCGCACAUAACACUUCCCUGUUGACAACCGCUGCUUCACAUAUUUGUUUUCCACUGACGUUUUGUUAAAGUUUACCAGAAUGACCAUCGAGCAGCAAAGACAAGGCUCCGCAUUCUCAGGAAGCGGUCAUCCUACUGACCAGGAGUCGCUCAGGUUUCGCCGGGUUUCUUCUCGAAUGUCCACUCAGAUCUACCAUGAACCCAACAGCAGCACAAGCCUGGCACAGGAGGAGGAACAGAGCGGUUCUGAGCCGACCCUGGAGCUCAGGAACACAGUUUUCCCCAUGGCUCUGAAAAAAGCUGCACGGCAAGUGCAACAAAUGCAGGUUCCUGCUCAGUUCAAUGGAGGAUCCUGGAAACAAAAAAGGAUCAAAUUUGUGCGUCAAUUCAAAAGUAACGUCAGAGAGUUUCUCUACUUCUUCUCACUGUGGGGAAAAACCUUGCAAAAGAUUGGAGGAAACUUUGGAGGUGGAGUCCAAUCUUACUUCAUCUUCCUUCGAUUCUUGGUGAUUCUCAAUUUUGUGUCGUUCCUGCUGAUUGCUGGAUUCGUCCUCAUCCCCGGCAUCGUGUUCAGAUCGGUGGGCAUCAAACCGGAGAGCAGCAAAGCUGAUGUUUCAUCAGAAUGCUUGAAGUAUGACCCAAAUCCUCAAGGCCUGGUGGUCUUUUAUGAGUUCUUCCUCGAUUUACUGUCAGGAACAGGUUUCAUGGAGUAUUCAUACUUGUUUUAUGGAUACUACAACAACAGUGUUAUAGUUACUUCCUUGGUGGGCAGCCACUUUUCCUACAACAUCCCCCUGGCCUAUCUGCUCACUGCCGUCUUCUACUUUGCCUUUUGUCUCAUUUGCAUCAUUGUACGGAUGGGCAAAGCGGCUCGAGUUGCCGUGACAACCGGAGGCAACGAUGUGAGGAGCUACAGCAUGAUCGUCUUCACCGGGUGGGACUACGGCUGCCUGGGAAGCAAAGCCACCAAACUAAAACAGAGGAACAUUUACUACCGGCUGCAGGUGGAUCUGGAGGAGGAGCGUCUAAAGAAGCAUGCAGCGUCCCUCACUUUGUGCAACAAAGUUACUUUACACUCUCUGCGUGUUUUGAUGUUUUUUGUCGCAGUCGGGCUCAUCGUAGCGACCUUCCUUGCCAUUGCUCGUGCGACUACAUUCAGCCAGGAAAACAGCCAUGUACCAGGGAUCCUGGGAUUGUUUUAUACGUAUCUGCCGUCCAUCGUCAUCACCCUAGGAAACUUCUUGGUGCCUCUGCUGUGCGACCAAAUUGCUUUGCUAGAAAAAUAUCCUCCCAGUGCUACUGUGGUAGUGGCACUAUUAAGGGCAGUUGUCUUGCGUCUCGUCAGUCUGGGCAUCCUUCUCUUCACCCUCUGGAAACAGAUCAUGUGCCACGACAGUAGAGACAAGUGUAAUCUGUGUCACUACAACCACGAAGAUUACCAGUGCUGGGAAACAAGUGUGGGACAGGAGAUGUACAAGCUGACGCUGUUUGACCUCCUCGUUAGCAUUGCUCUUCUCGUGCUGGUUGAAUUUCCACGCAGGAUGGUGGUGGAUCACUGGUCCUGUAAGUUGACCCAGUGGGUGGGCCGGCAGGAGUUUGUGGUUCCCUCCAACGUCCUGGGCCUUGUUUACGGUCAGACUGUGGUGUGGACUGGAGCUCUCUUUUGCCCCCUGCUGCCUCUCAUCAACACGGUCAAGUUUGUUAUCCUCUUCUAUUGCAAGAAGAUCACACUUUUCUACAACUGUCGUCCAGCGCUGAGGACAUUUCGGUCCACGACCUCCGCCAUCUUUUUCCUGGCCGUUCUCCUGUUCGGCUGGAUCCUCGCCUUGGUUGUCAUGAUUUACAGCGUAGCUGUGAUCCAUCCGUCAUUUGCUUGCGGGCCUUUCCGUUCCUUCUUUAGGAUGUGGAAGAUUGUUCCAGAGUCCUUCUCCACUCUUCCUGAAGGAGCAAGAGAUUUUCUCUUCUUCAUUGGCUCACAAGCUUUCUCCAUACCUCUGUUUGCUAUAUCGUGUGUGUUUAUGUGCUACUUCAUCGCUUUAGCCUCUAUCUAUGGAAAAUCUGUUGCAAUGCUGAGAGCUCAACUUAAAUUGGCAGGACAGGAUAAGCAGUUCUUGGUGAAGCAGAUUGAGAAGAUGAAGCUUCUGUCACCACAGCACAUCGAAGGAGAACAAGACUAACUCUACUUGUAAAUUAUGUUUUUGUGUUGCGAAAUGUUUGAAACAUUCACAAAUUGAGAAUGCAACUGAAAUACUUUCAUAAAUAGUGUAUGUCAUUAAUGCAUUUUGGAUUGUACUAGGCAAUUCUGCACAAAGAUUAAUAUAAUGUAAUAUAAUGUAUAAUGUAUUUUUUUCCUAGAGAUAAAAAUAUUUCUGUUCAGUUACUUAGUAGUACCCAAUAAAACAUCAUAUUGUUUCAAAUGUGAUUUGAUAAUCCUUUCAUAUGGUGCCAUAUUAAAUUAUCUAUCUCCCUACUAAUUACAUUUAUUUAUUAAACUAAUAAAUAUUUA